AUGGAUGAAACAUCUGGUUCCGAAUCAGCACCAGUAACUGAUAAUUCAUUAGUCGAAGAAGAACUCCAACCUGAUGUAGAAGAAGUUCAAAUUCCUGCAUCUCCGGUUAUACCUACACCAAUCAUUCAAACAACUGAACGAAUAGUUACGCCUAUUCAACCUCCGAUAACUCAAACAGUUGAACGAGUUGUUACACCGAUUCAACCACCGGUGCAAUCAGGCUCUACUCUUCGUCAACGAGCACAAGGUGGCUUAUCUUCACCAGCAAAUUCGGCAAAUCCAACAUUUACGGUUUUAAAAGCAACAACCAUUCAACAUGCUCUCGGUCAUCCAUUAGCUUAUGCUCGUGUGUUGAUGCAAGCAGGCUAUGAACCAUUGCCAGCAUAUCGAGCAACAAAUCUGUUUGGCAAAGAAGCUUUGUACUAUCCGAACACAUUUCGAUAUCUUAGACAUAUCUAUAAUGUCGAUGGCUUCAUUGGAUUAUAUCGUGGAUUUGGUUGUUCACUCUUAUCCAAAGUUGUCUGUUGGUACACAACGACGAAAGUUGAUGAACUUCUCGGUCCGGUUGAGUCGCAGACACCUAGUAAUCAAGUGAAACCUACAUGGAACAAGUGUACACAAAAAAUUUUACGUGAAGUUCGAUGUCAAUCUUGGGGUGUUUUGCUUUCACAUCCGUUUCAAGUCAUGGCUAUUCGAUGCAUGGGCCAAUUCGUUGGUCGUGAAAAAGCGUAUUCAUCAAUAAAUAUCUUUCAAAAUUUCCAAGAAAUCUACAAUCGACAAGGAAUUGGCGGAUUCUUCGUUGGACUUAUUCCUCGAUGGUUGAUUGAAGUCUCAACCAUUGUACUUACAAAUGUUAUCAUCCACCUACUAAAAACAAACUUACCAAUACAGAAUGAUAUGGUUUCCGUAUACGAAUAUCUCGCUACAUUUGUCGCGCAAACAGUAACAUAUCCAUUAAGUGUUGUAACAACUGUCACAGCAAUGAAUCGUAGUGGACUUCAAAUUGGAAUGUUACCUCGAACACCAAUCUAUGCCAAUUGGCAAGAUGCAUACGUUCAUUUGAAGAAAACGGAACAAUUAAAACGCGGUUCGAGUUUAUUCAAUCGCGCCGUUUUGGGUAACGUUGGUGUUCCAGCACCAGGCACACCAAUACCAAACGCUUAA